CGACCCCCGGUCUCCGUCCCUGUCCUCGCCGCGCGCGGGCCUCGGCGCCCCCGGCUGCCGCUCGCGCCCGGCUCGGGAGCCAGAUUUUGCGGAAGUCUAAUACUUUGUCAUUAUGAGAUGUCGUCUCUCGGUACCUCCUUUGUGCAAAUUAAAUUUGAUGACUUGCAGUUUUUUGAAAACUGCGGUGGAGGAAGUUUUGGGAGUGUAUAUCGAGCCAGAUGGAUAUCACAGGACAAGGAGGUGGCUGUAAAGAAGCUGCUCAAAAUAGAGAAAGAGGCAGAAAUACUCAGUGUCCUCAGUCACAGAAACAUCAUCCAAUUUUACGGAGUAAUUCUUGAACCUCCCAACUAUGGUAUUGUCACAGAAUAUGCUUCUCUGGGAUCACUCUAUGACUACAUUAAUAGUAACAGAAGUGAAGAGAUGGACAUGGAUCACAUUAUGACCUGGGCCACUGAUGUAGCCAAAGGAAUGCACUAUUUACAUAUGGAGGCUCCUGUCAAAGUGAUUCACAGAGAUCUGAAGUCAAGAAAUGUUGUUAUAGCUGCUGAUGGGGUAUUGAAGAUAUGCGAUUUUGGUGCCUCUCGGUUCCAUAAUCAUACAACACACAUGUCGUUGGUUGGAACUUUCCCGUGGAUGGCCCCAGAAGUUAUCCAAAGUCUCCCUGUGUCUGAAACUUGUGACACAUAUUCCUAUGGUGUGGUUCUCUGGGAGAUGCUAACAAGGGAGGUCCCCUUUAAAGGUUUGGAAGGAUUACAAGUAGCUUGGCUUGUAGUGGAAAAAAACGAGAGGUUGACCAUUCCAAGCAGCUGCCCCAGAAGUUUUGCUGAGCUGUUACGUCAGUGUUGGGAAGCUGAUGCCAAGAAACGGCCAUCUUUCAAGCAAAUCAUUUCAAUUCUGGAGUCCAUGUCAAAUGAUACUAGCCUUCCCGACCAGUGUAACUCAUUCCUGCACAACAAGGCGGAGUGGAGGUGCGAAAUUGAGGCAACUCUUGAGAGGCUGAAGAAACUAGAACGGGACCUCAGCUGUAAAGAGCAAGAGCUCAAAGAACGGGAAAGACGUCUGAGGAUGUGGGAGCAAAAGCUGACGGAGCAGUCCAACACCCCGCUUCUCUUGCCUCUUGCUGCAAGAAUGUCUGAGGAGUCUUACUUUGAAUCUAAGACAGAGGAGUCAAACAGUGCAGAGAUGUCAUGUCAGAUCACAGCAGCAAGUAACGGGGAGGGCCAUGGCAUGAACCAAAGUCUGCAGGCCAUGAUGCUGAUGGGCUUUGGGGAUAUCUUCUCAAUGAACAAAGCAGGAGCUGUGCUGCAUUCUGGGAUGCAGAUAAACAUGCAAGCCAAGCAGAAUUCUUCCAAAACCACAUCUAAGAGAAAGGGGAAGAAGGUCAACAUGGCCCUGGGGUUCAGUGAUUUUGACUUGUCAGAAGGUGACGAUGAUGAUGACGAUGAUGAAGGUGAUGAGGAGGAUAAUGACAUGGAUAAUAAUAGUGAAUGAAAGCAGAAAGCAAAGUAAGAAAAUUGAAAAAUGUUCGGCAAAACAAAAGAAACUUGCUACUCAGUCUGUAUGAAAACCAGUAAGGAGGUAGAAAACUAAGCACGGAAUUUUUAGGCCAAUCACAUUUCUAUAACAGUCAUUUCUGUAAUGAUUUUACUUUUUUUUCCCUGCUUACAGAAAAAUGAGGUUGGGGGAUGGGGGUGGGGGGUAGGGUUAAGCCAGAAAGGUAUAUUUAAUGAGUCAGCAAAUAUGGUGCCUGAUUAUAGAAAUUUGUGACUCUUUUAUACAAUACAGUAUUUUUCACAACUAAUUACAUUCUGGCUUUUUUUUUUUUUUUUUUUAAGCAAAUACUUUAUACUUUGAUUUGACUUCAUUUAUUUAAUUGCUUAAGAAAACUUACAUUUUGAAAAAGCCCUCUUAACUCCUAAUUCUUUGACACUGAUUUUCUUGUAACACACUACAUUUCUUUUUCUUCUGGCAAUACACAGUCCUGUCAGAAAUAAUUGAGAGUGACUACAAAAUCCAACAAUACAAAAAUUGAGAUGAAAGGCGGCUAUCACAAAUACUUCAGAAAUACCUAAACGCGAAGAAUUUUCAACACUUAAUAGCACAACUACUCACAGUAAAACCUGAGAGACAUUCUUAAUAGCGCACUAGAAGAAGAAACACUCUAAUUUGAAACCAACAGCAGAUGCUGCAGGCUUUCAUACCUGUGCUAGCCCUGGAACAGCACACUGUCAUCUGAGGUGUAGUUUUAUAAAAGAAGGAUAUGGUCUUAAAGGGAAACUUACAGGCAGGGCUGCUCAAGUGCUGAUACGGACCCGCUCUGCGCUGCCAGGAAGGGCAUAUGCAUGUUUGUUUUCCAGAGGGGCCUGAGAACCCUGCGUUCUAAAUACAUGUAGAGAUGUUUUAAAGAGGGGAUUAACUAUUGUAAAAGGAAAAGCAAAGAUAAAUUUUACUGAGACAGGUGUGGAGGAUGAUGGGUCCUUUUUAUAUAUAUAUAUCGAAUCCGGCCUCCCAGGGAGUGUGCGUUUUGUUUUUUUAACCUGGAUUCAGCCACUGGUGAUAAACGGAAGUGAAUGUAGGUGCUGUCUGAAAACUUAGUUCACCAGAGGGAUACUCUCGGAAUGUUAAUCACGUUUGUCAAAGCUAUAAAACUAGAAAACACUAUUUGAAAAAACAAACUACCAAGCAUUUGGAGUCCUAUAUAUACAAAAAAGGCAAAAGAACAAAAACUUUUUUCAGCCUGUUUUGGUAGUUCUUUUAAGGGUGAAUUUAAGAAGAGAUAACGUCAUGGAUAUUAUCUAAUACCAUUUCCAAGUAUACUCAAUCAGGAAAAGCCUCUGGAAAUUUGAAACAUGACAGGCUUUUAAUCCCCAUUAACAGCUGAAAAAUGUCACAAAAUGAUCAGUACACUGUGCCAGCUUUAUUUGGAGAAAAAUAACUAUUAAAAUGUACUGGAUGUGAAAUGUAGAACAGUCUAUAUACCAUGGCGAUAAAGAGAAGGAUCUGUAGUCUACUUAUGAUUCAAAACUGCUCUGUAAUCUGUUAAAAAUUAUUUAACCUCUGUGUGUCUGUCUGCUUAUUUUUGCCAUGGGAAUGAUAACCGUACCCACACUUCAAAGGACUAAUUUAAAGAUUAAAUGAAAUAAUACAUGCAAAGCACUUAACACAGAACCAGGCCCGUGGUCAGUUAACUUUAGCAACUCUUAAUUAUGCCAGUGAAUAAAUAAAUGGUUACGGUAACCUGGAAAACUAAACUAUCAACUUCAAGUAAUACUGGUUCAGUAGUAGGAGAUGAAAGUUAAAUAGCUUUCCAGGAAAGAUGAAGAGAACAUUCUUAGAACAUAAACUAUAUAAACAAAUUGAGCCUGAUGUUCUUUGAAGACUACAUACCUGAGGCAUCUGCAGGCCCUGCUACCAUCCACAGACUAAGGAAGAACAAAGAAUAGGUAAAGCCUUCCCCUUGGAAGAUGGGUUCCCUGCAUAGCCAGUCAGGUACACCUUCUGUCCACGCAGACAUUCACAGACGCACGCGCACUGCUACACAGUGCUGGCAGCAAGCAGGCACAAACCUAAACAGGUGUCUGUCUGUGCUCAGACACAGAGCAGCACUCCUUGACUCGAGCUGAGCCCCUCAAGCUGAACAUCUGGGAACCAAGCAGAGGAGUGUUUUUCAACUUGUGACUUCCCAGCAUGCCCUGAGGGCACUGUAGUCCAGCAACCUGAAGGAGAGAGCCGAGGAGGAAGUAGUUUAAAAGCCUCUUGCACGUCUUUCUAGGGCAAGAUAAAGUCAUUCAUUCCACACUCAUUGAGCCCCUUCUCUGGCCAGGGACUAUUCUAGGGACCAGCGAGAGGGAGACCCUGUGCUCAUGCAGCGCACCUGCUAGCGAGCAGAGAUCCUGACAGUAAACAAAACAAAUGGGUUCUAGGGUACGUAAACGCUUGAGAAGCGCAUGCUGAGAAACGGAGCAGGGAAAGAGGAUGACGCAGAGAGAGGCAUGUUGCGGAUUUUCAGGUGUGGUUGGACAAGGCCUUGCUGAUCAGGGAAUCUCUGCAGGCUAAUUUUGGGAUCUGUGCACUUUGUGUAAGAAUGUAAACCCUGCGUCUCAUUCAAGAAUCCUCAUCAACAAAUUGAGGGCAGGAUAAACAGAAUGAAACUGAAAAAAAAAUUAGAAAUUCUUCCUAAUUUAUAUAUAAAUGUAUUAUAAUUACACAUAAAGUUUGGGCGCAUUAAUAGAAGUGGCCAAAUAGGGCAGAAAGAGAAAGGUAAUAGGACUCUACUCAGACAUGGGCUUACCCCGUUACUUAGGAAACAUUUCUAAUCUCUCCACUACGGUCCUCUUCCUUGCCAGUGUCCAGGGAACAGUGGAACCUAUGAAAGCCUCGGUGAUAAGCAUGAACUUGUUCUCCACCUGUAACUGUAUUUUAUUAUAGGUAAUUAUCAUACAGCGUAACUUUACUUUCUGUUCCAAAUAAGAGCCUUUUUUGUAGGCACUUUUUUGAACAUCCCUAAAAUCUGAAUCAUAUAAAGAAAAUUUUAAAGUGGUCUCACUCUAUCUGUGAAGAUUAUUUAGAAGACUUUAGACCCUCUUAUUUUAUUACGUUUAAAAGGAACUCUCCAUUACAUAGAACUUCUAAUGAUGUUAAUUGUGCGGCUUCUAAUUCACUUUUCAGAUCAGUUUUUCAAAUGGCAAAAUAUUGAUGUUGGGUUUAUUUCCAAUUACUUGACCUACAAAAGUGUACAGUUAUAAAGAGAAUUAUUAAAGAAACACUAAGAAAUGUAAAGAUUCAGCAUGAUAAUUGAAACUCUAAAUUGUAAUAAUUUUCAGAGUCAUACAACUGAAAAUAUAAUUACUCUUUUUCAUCUCUUUCUCAGUAUUUGUAAAGUUGAUCAUCUAGAAUUUGAUGAUUCUCUACCAGCCAUUCUCAUCUGGGCACCUAAUGGUGUUUGAUGGGGCUAGAGCAUAUUUUGGGUUGUCACAGUGACUGAGGUGUAUUUAACGCCCAGUGCCAAAAAAUGGCAACAUCCUUCAUGCGAGGCACAUCCCCCCCAAUAAAGAAUUCCAUACACCAAUAGCACUGCCCCUUCGCCCUUUGAGAAACUUGUUAAACCUGGCACUUUUAGAGUUCUGUAUCAAACUUUUCUCCCCCCAACAAAAUUGCUCAAGUCAAAAGAUGCAUUUUCAAAAUUACAACUACUAUACAAUCUGCAUUUUAUAGGUUUGUAGCACUUAUCUUAAAUCCACUUGUGGAGAUGGUUUCUUUCCCCUUAAGAAUGCUGGUGGAAACUUUAUAAAACAGAAUUUACCUGGGGUGGGGGCGGGUGUCACUCUAUUACACUAAUUCCAAAGUAAAUAAAAAAGGAAAACAUUACUGAGGAAGCUACAGUUCUGCAAAACAGCCAGGUUAAUUUAAAAGGGCUUGUGUGUGUGUGUGUGUGUGUGUGUGUUUUAAGUAAAACCACAUUUUAAUAUUUUACAUUAAUAGCCAAUGGGCAGAGUUGAAGGCACAAAGGACACUUGUUCGGGAUGCUCUGGAAAUGUUGAGGGCCAGUGCUUAGCCAGUGAUUUUUAACAUGCAGCAAAUCUGUUAGAUUUUAACACCAGCUGAGGUAUUCAAAAUUGAUUCCCAUUAAAAUCAAGGAAUCAGAGGUAAGAUGUGGAAGAGAUCCAGAAUGACUUCUCCUGGCACUAUGAUGUACAUACCUUUAUUUUUCAGAGUUUUCACUGGAGUAGGAAGAAUUUCAUGAAAGACCAUUGUAAAAGCUAUUUGGAGUUAAAUAUCAAGACUUUUUGGGUUUUUGGCACACUAGACUGGUUGCAGCCUUUCAAAACUAGCACAUUCUCACUAUACCACAUAUAUGAGAGGGCAUCAUUUUUCUAUAAUCAGGCACCUUUUGCUGCUUUUGAGUAAGACUGUUUUCCUGUUUAGACUUUAAGCGUUGCCAUAAAGAACAAUCUGUUCUGUUCUUUUGAUCGUGGCCCAGCCUGAUAGCUGUAGCAUUUCUGUGAUGAAAAAGGAGUGUGUACCAGGAAAUCUGAAGGGCAAGCCAUGUUCCCUUAGGCUUCAAUUUAGUUGCAAGCUCUUGCCUAUGAGGAGCUUUCUGGCAUGUGAUUACUGACUUUAAAACGAGCGUUUCAAGCACCUACAUUAAUUAUUUUAUAUUGUGUGCAGAACAGUUUAUCUUUUAACGUCAGAUACAAUACACUGCACAUAUUGCUUUUGCACUUUUAAAAAUUUUGUACUAAAUAAUAGGAAAUAUUUAUAUUCUUUGAGUGUGAGCUUUGAAUAGAUGGCAUUAUCACUUUUUUUUUUUUAACAAAACCUUUUUCUCAACGAUUCUGUUGCAAUGUUAUUCUGAGCAAAUCCUAUGCCAAAUAUCUUGUAUAAUGUUUGUAUGGAAGAUUACAUUUCACUCGUGUGUGGUAAGACUACUCAGUUACUGAUUUCAUAGUUGGAAUUUGAUAUUCCAGCACAAGUCCACAAUGUAUUCAGAUCCAAGUUGGUGUCAUACAUUUCAUUUUGAUGUGAACUUUUCUUUGCUUUUUUCUUUGUUUUAAGACUCCAUUUUGCAAUAAACGUUUUGACAGUAAA